CCUCCGCAGGUGCGUGAGGCCCCGCCGCCGCCCCCCUCCCGCCCCAGGAGCGGCCCCGCCGGCGCCCCAGCGGCUCUUGGGGCGGAUCAGAACCAAGAGGCUGCAGCUCGCUACCAAAAUGCAGUAUUCCCAUCACUGUGAGCACCUUCUGGAGAGACUGAACAAGCAGCGGGAAGCCGGCUUUCUUUGCGACUGCACUGUGGUGAUCGGCGACUUCCAGUUCAAAGCACACAGAAAUGUGCUGGCCUCCUUCAGCGAGUACUUUGGGGCCUUUUACAGAGAUGCAUCUGACAAUAAUGUUGUGUUGGAUCAGACUCAAGUGAAAGCGGAUGGAUUCCAAAAGCUCUUGGAGUUCAUUUAUACAGGGAACUUAACCCUUGACAGCUGGAACGUUAAAGAAAUUCACCAGGCUGCCGACUAUCUGAAAGUGGAGGAAGUGGUCACUAAAUGCAAGAUCAAGAUGGAAGACUUUGCGUUUAUUGCUAAUCCCUCUUCUACAGAGACAUCCAGUAUCACUGGAAACGUGGAAGUGAACCAGCAGGCUUGCCUUCUGACCCUCCGAGACUACCACAAUCGGGAGAAAGCAGACGCUGCUGCUGCUGCAGAGUUUGUUCAACCACAGGCAAAGAAAGCGGCUUUAGAAAAGAAAUCUCCUCAGCCCAAAAAGAGAAAGAAGAAUUUCAGCUCCCCCAAAAGCAUCCAGAAUAAACCUGUACAGUAUCAGAGCGACGUGACCGAUAAUGCCUCCAUUGAGUUGUUUUUGGAUGCAAACAAGCUGGCAACACAGAUCACAGAGCAGGCUGCCCAGGGCAGUGACAGCAGCGAGCUGCAGCUGGCAGCUGUGGUGGAAAGCGAAACGCUGGCAGCGCAGGAGAUCCUCAUUCAGACUGUCACAGCCAAAGAGAAACGGGGGAAGCCUCAGGCGAGCUGUGCCUUGAAGGAGCACUGCAUGUCUAACAUAGCCAGCGAGAAGAACACUUACCAGCUGGAGAGUCCGGGGGAGGAGCUGGACCAGAAGUACCCCAAAGCGAAGCCGGUGUGCAACACCUGCGGGAAGGUCUUCUCGGAAGCCAGCAGCCUCCGGCGGCACAUGAGGAUACACAAGGGAGUGAAGCCAUACGUGUGUCAGCUCUGUGGGAAGGCCUUCACUCAGUGCAACCAGCUGAAAACACAUGUAAGGACUCACACAGGGGAAAAGCCAUACAAGUGUGAACUCUGCGACAAAGGCUUUGCUCAGAAGUGCCAGUUGGUGUUCCACAGUCGGAUGCAUCACGGAGAAGAGAAACCCUACAAAUGUGAUGUCUGCAACCUGCAGUUUGCCACUUCCAGCAACCUGAAGAUUCAUGCCAGGAAGCACAGCGGGGAGAAGCCGUACGUGUGCGACCGGUGCGGGCAGCGCUUCGCCCAGGCCAGCACCCUCACCUACCACGUGCGCCGCCACACCGGCGAGAAGCCCUACGUGUGCGACAGCUGCGGCAAAGCCUUCGCCGUCUCCAGCUCCCUCAUCACCCACUCCCGGAAGCACACGGGAGAGAAGCCAUAUAUCUGUGGCAUUUGUGAAAAGAGCUUUAUUUCCUCUGGAGAGCUCAACAAACAUUUUCGAUCUCAUACAGGUGAGAGACCAUUUAUCUGUGAAAUGUGUGGAAAUUCCUACACAGACAUAAAAAACCUUAAAAAGCACAAAACGAAAGUUCACACAGGCUCUGAAACUCCCCCUGAUUCUAAUGCACUGGACAGUUCUUUCAACGAGCAAGAGUCCCUUCAGAGUCAGAAAAGUCCUUUAUCAGAGUCCAUAGACGUGAAACCCUCUGAGAUGUCUCUGGCGCUUCCUCUGCCCAUUGGGACUGAAGACCAUCAGCUGCUGCUGCCCGUGGCGGGCAGUCAGUCCCCUCCCUCAGAGACGUUGCUCAGAUCUGCCGUGACGGGAUACUCAGAACCUCAGUUCAUUUUCUUGCAGCAGUUGUACUGAGGGCCCAGUCCAGAGCCGUGGGGGUGCUGUGGCAGUGGAUGUGCUGCUGUGGGUAAGGUGCCUGUCGCCAGGCACGGUUCUGAGGGGAACUUGCUCUUUGUUUUGCUCUGUGUCAGGACACCUGUGAGGCAUUUCCAUUGCACAGCGCUGUCUUCCACAUUUUGCUGAGUUCUGUUAGUCUACAAUCAUGUCUCUCUUUGCAAUUAACACUGAUUUCCAGGAGACAAUUCCUUUCCAGCAACACCUGCCUUAAGAAUUCUCCGUUCAAUACAUUAAUGUGUUUUUGAGAUCUCCUCCCAUGUUUCUGCUGAUCUCUGUGUCACAGUGUCAUUUGAGAGCAGACAUUUUAAGCCAUAUUUGAUAGUUUCAGAAUCUUAACCCAGAGGUGUAAGAGGAAAAUCACAAGCUGAAUGUACUAACAAGCUUGUACAGGCGUGGUACGAGUCAGAAGGUAGGGCCCAUGCUCUGUGCUCGCAAGGAAGUCCUGUGUCCAGCUCUGGGCUCCCCUGCUCAAGAGGGACAGGGAACUGCUGGAGAGAGUCCAGCGCAGGGCCACCGAGAUGACCAGGGGACUGGAGCAUCUUCCUUAUGAGGAAAGGCUGCAGGAACUGGGGCUGUUUAGUCUAGAGAAGAGGAGGCUGAGGGGGAAUCUCAUUAAUACUUAAAAGUAUUUGAAAGGCAAGAGGAUGGGGCGACACUUCUUUAUGUAGUGUCCAGUGACAGGACAUGGGGUAAUGGACAAAAACUGGAACACAAAAAGUUCCACUUAAGGGAAAACUUUACUAUUGAGGUGAGGGAGCCCUGGCCCAGGCUGCCCAGGGAGGGUGUGGAGGCUCCUCUGGAGGUUUCCAAACCUGCCUGGACACAUUCCUGUGUGACUUGAUCUAGGGGAACCUUCUUUAGCAAGAGCUUGGGCUGGAUGAUCUUUAGAAGUCCCUUCAAACUCCUACCAUUCUGAUACUGCUCCUGCCUGAAGGAGCCACCUGCAGUGGGAGUCUGACCAGAGGGAAAGCUUUGUGUAUAUUUUCCUGACAAGGCAAGUAAAGGAGGGUGAUUUUCUGUAGUGCGGGGCUCAGAGGGUUCUAAUGGCCUGGGUACUACUGGGUAUGCUUUCCAGCAAGUCACUUCUUAAGAGAAUCCACCAUUGGAUUCUCCCAUAUCUUGUCCCAGGUGUAUUCUUCACAUCCUGUUUUGGCACAGACAGCAGCAUUUGCUCUAAAGGAGAGCUGGAACAUGCAUGUUGUAGGUGAGGCAAAAAGAUGCAUUGACUUAAUGGUGAGGCAAGAAUCACAGCUUCAUAACCUUUUCUUACAGUAGUGCUGUUUCUUGUGCUAGAUGGUAGGUACAAAAGAGGAAUUAAAUCCUGCCCUUCACUGUGAGAACAAGCGAAUGCCACAUAAGGGGGCAUGAAGGAAGAAUACCACAGAGCAGACUGAUGCUCCUCCAGGCCAGGGUUCGUCAGGGCACGACUGAUUUGUUUUCAUGGAGGUAUUUAUGUAUUGCUUUACCUGCUGUGUCCCUCAUCCACAGUAACUGCACAAGCCUGGCAGCUGGCAAGGCCCCCAUAGAGGUUUAUUUCAUUACUAGCAAUGUACAUUUUUAAAAAGCAACAUUUUUAAUGUCCUGGUAGGGUCAUUAGUUAAAGACUAACUGUACCUCUGUACUCUUUUGCCAGCUUGUGCCAUUAACACAGUGUAAACAUUCUGUAGGUAAUCAUGGACUAGUGAAGGCAGCAGUAAUACUGUACCAGCAAUGAUCAGAGACCUUGUUUGGGCAUUGGUUACUUGGUGCUAGUGGUUUAUUUCCACCGAUGCCUUGUGUCCAGACGCUAAUAAACAGAAGAGCAUAGCAGAUACCUCUUAACUGAUUCUAUUCUACGUGGAGUAAUAAUUCAUCUGCACCUUAAUUAAACAGACUCUUGAAAAAAUUAAUGGAGGAUUUCAUUUAAAUACCCUGCAAAUGGUCCCUUGUCUCCUGAGUACGAUGCCUGACUGGGUUUUUCUCUUCCCACACCCUUGUACCUGUGAAGUCCUAGACCAGCUUCUCUGUGGUGAGCAUCUCAGUAUGUGGCAUGGUUAAACCUCUGCUUCUUGAUCAUGUUUCAUGCUUUGCUGCAUGGCAGAUUUGCUGAUGAAGUCUGCCAUGGACAGCAAAGGACACAGCCCUGUUCUCAGAACAUUCUUAACACAGGCACCCCUAACUGUCCCCUGGAGCUCAUGGCUCCCAAACCUGCCUGACCUCUUCUUUGCUCAUCUGUCCUAGAGCAUUUAUGAACAGCCAGUGGCCCUUGCAGUGCUGGCAAAGGACAAUGGCUGAAGUUCUUUCUUUUUUUUUUCUGUUUGUUUGGCAUUUCCCCUUUUUCUCUCCCUUUUUUACCUCCUGUUGCUGAUGCAGCACCCGAAGGACUCCUCAGCGCUGAGCAACCACAAAGCUUGGGAUCUUGCCAGUGUAGCUUGUCCUAAGGUUCCUCUUAACUUCCUCUCUGGUAAUCAAGCAGAGGUCUUAGCCAUGAAUACUGAAAAAGGACAAUGCUGAUGAAUUUCAUAUUGAAACAGCUUUGGAAGAUAAACUAAUGAUAUGCUGCUGUUCCCUGGGGAAAAGCAUCUGAAGAUUAAUGUAUCCAGGAGAAACGACCAUGAGAGAGAACUAGCUCUGGAAAAUAAAAUGGAAAUUACAGUGACAUUCCUACACAGAAAAUACAUUCCAUAGCAAUGUUUGUUUGGACUGGUUUUAUAUUUCUAAAACUGUAGCUUAUUACUGUAUUCUUAGAUUUGAGACUUUUUAAAGAGACACAGUGCUUAGAUUUAUACAGGAUUUGUUUAGAUACUUAUAACAGUAACACUUGCUUUCUUAGUCAUUUAGAUUUCUUUAUAGACAAGGAGAUAAUCAUUAUUUUGUACAAGACAACAAUUUUAACCUUUUCUUAUUAGAAUACACAGGCUUGUAGUUUUGUCUUGGAGCAAUAAUUUAGUGACCUGCACUCUUGAGUCCCCAUCUGAGAGUCUUGAUUUUUAGCCUCAUCUUUUGUGACGAUAUCUCAGCAGCUGAGGUAUGAUCUCUAUGAACUGUAUUCAUUUCCUAGAAUAUAGCUUUUAAAUAUAUAAAUAUAUAUAUAUAAAAAUAUAUAUAUAUAUAAACCCCUAUUUGUAUGUGUGUUCAGGCUGGGUGCUGCAGGACCUGAAGUACCAGGUCUGGACAGUACCUUUAGGUGACAGAUGCAUGGAAAUGAGCCACACAGCUAAUUCCUAGGCUUAAGGAUUCUGAGUUCAUUUUGGAGGGACAAGGUUUAUAACAGCAUUGAGAAUUUCUGUAAGGGAUUAAUAUGGGAAUGCAUGGAAUGGUAUUAGGCAGAUAUCUCCCUCUUGAGACCUACCUGCAAAGGGAAAGAAGGAAUGUUAGUAAUUCCAUUAACAGCCCUGUAGAGACAAGGCCAUGAUUUGCCACACUGUUUCAGUACCGUUUCAGUCAAUUUUGCACUGAAGCCGAUGCAAGUUUUUGCCCAAAUAGGUUACCUGCAUCUGGAUAUCUCUGAAUGAGCUGUUCAGAAACACUUCUGUGAGAACAGCUCCUUGUAGGACACUUGCUUCCAAACUUGUGCCUAUAUGUGACCACAAAACACGUUUUCUGAAGUCGUGUUUCAAAAAGGUUUGCAGGUGUGGACAAGUCCCAUGUUAAGGAUUUCAGGGCUGUGAUCUUGGAGAGGCUAUUGCUAAGCCUUGCAGAAUUCACAUAAAAGACUAAUAACUGCUUUUUUUGUUAAAUUAUUUUUAAAGUGUCUUUCAUGUAUAUACAAUUUUUCCUCUGUUAUUUGUAUAUACCUCAACUCUCGAUUUUAUAAUCCCCUGGGGAAGGAGGGAGUUGUACAUAUCUAGCCUGAAGUGUUUUAUGUUAGACUUUAAUAAACUUGUUUUGUAAUUUUCCCUCACCUUGUCUCCUGUUGGUAACUGCAAGGGGUGGCAGCACGAGCAGGAGGGAGGAAGCAGAGGGACACAGUCCCAGUGCACUGUGCUAACACCGCUACCAUCACUGCCUUUUCUCCUGAGCACUAAAUACACCUGACUCUUCUCGGAAAAUAUUUUGGGUCUGUUCAAACCAAA